GCUCUGCUGUGGCCCCAUCCCGUACACUGCUCCUAACGUGCGCUCCUCCAUAACUCCGCUCAGGCAGCACUUCUCCAGGUCCCACUGAAGGAGACCAGUGAUAGUGCACAUGCCUGAUCAUGCACAUUGCUCCUCACAUGAACGGAGAGCAUCGAUUCUGAACACCGCGCUGCCGGGGAAUUGUUGCUUUGGGAAUUUGUUUUGUUUUUACAUUGCAGGUUGAAUCAGGACGUCUCCCUGAUCUUCUGAACCAGCCCCCCAGCAUCAUGAUCCGAGCACCGGUCAUCGCCAUCGGCCUGGCUCUCCUAGUGUCUUGUGUUUGCUUGGCCAAGCCCAACGGAUCGAAGAACAAGAAGCCGAAGCAAGUGGUUCCAGCCAUAGAGUGUGAUGUCCGAGCGGGGAAGGUCAACCUCCCAGAGUUCAUAGUGAAGUGCCCCUCCCACUGCAAGGAGUCCAAGCAGCAGGUCUACGGCACGGGGGUGUUCGCCUCCAUCUCCAGCAUCUGCAAUGCCGCCAUACACAAUGGGAUCAUCACCAACUCUGGGGGGAAGGUCAUCGUGAAGAAGAUGCCGGGGCAGAAUGUAUACAAGGGCAGCAACUCCAAUGGACUUCGCUCUCUCUCCCUGCCCAAGUGGAGGGAGUCCUUCGUUCUCUCAGUGGGGAAGCCAAAGAAAGGAGUGAUCUACCCCUCCACCCUAUUCUUCACGCCCUCCAGACCAACCUACGUGAAAACCAGCCAGAAGGAAACCACGACAACGAUGGCUCCCGAACCCAUCACGACCACAACGCCAGUCCCCACCACCACCACCACCACUCAAGCCCCCACCACCACCACCACCACCACCACCACACCCCUAUCCACCACCACCAAAGCCCGCACCGCAAUCCAUAAGAUCAGGGAUGCAGGCAGCAGCCACCCCUAUUUUGCCUCGGUGGCCGCAGCUGCUAGUUCAAGGCAGACUCAGACCGGCAAGGCGACCAGUCAAGUGCUCAGAGGAAGUGUCUAUCCGAAUAGAUUCCCAGCACGUGUAAAUCAAGGUCUGCGCAGACCUGAGGCGGGGGCAGGGUCCACCAUUCGAAGGCAGCCCAUCGCUCCAGUUGGCACAGCCUUUAACAGGGUGCAGCCGGCCCCAGCAGCAGAGCGGAUCCCCAGCGCUGGCCAGGCCAACCCCGCUUUUCCGCGACGGGAUUGGCCGCCACCCCCCUUCGCACGUCCCGAUUGGUUCCCCGGCGCCAGACGACCGGCAGACGUCAGCUACGUGGCUCCCGACUCUGGCUACAGCUGGGGUGAGACGGACACACCUGAGGCUGCACCUCGUCAAUACAGGCCUGACAUGUCAGAGUAUGAGCGCUGGUUUUAUAACUAUGGACCAUACCCACCCCGCGCCCCCGACUCAGAAGGCAUUCGCAAACCAGCGGUAGACGCAACCCACACCCGAGUGGAGCCGGUGGAUUCCUGGAGGCCAGACACUCCCUUGUAUGAAUCAGGCUUCAACACCCGGGAGCAAGACCCCAUCCCCAGAGCCCCAGAACCCGUGUCCCAGGGAGACCCAAACUGCAAGGUGGACCUGGCCUUCCUAAUGGAUGGCAGCUGGAGCAUCGGGAAGCGUCGCUUCAAGAUCCAGAAGGACUUCCUGGCGGAGGUGGCCCAGGUCAUCAACCUGGGGGUGGCAGGGCCCAUGAUGGGGGUCAUCCAAUACGGAGAUGACCCGGUGACAGAGAUCAGCCUGAAGUCCUUCUCCAACUCCCGGGACGUGAAGGCGGCCGUGGAUAAGAUUGCCCAGAAGGGAGGCCUCUCCAACGUGGGGAAGGCCCUCUCCUUCGUCAACAGGCAGUACUUCAGCGACAGCAACGGUAACCGGGGGGCGGCGCCCAACGUGGUGGUGGUGCUGGUGGACGGCUGGCCCACGGACAAGGUGGAGGAGGCCUCGCGCCUGGCCCGCGAGUCCGGCAUCAACAUCUUCUUCGUCACCAUCGAGGGCCCCGACGAGAACGAGAAGCUGAACGUGGUCGAGGCCAACUUUGUGGAUAAGGCGGUGUGUCGCACCAACGGCUUCUACUCCCUGCCCGUGUCCAGCUGGUUCGCCCUGCGCAAGGCCGUGCAGCCGCUGGUGAAGCGCGUGUGCGACACCGACCGCCUCAUGUGCAGCAAGACCUGCCUGAACGCCAACGACAUCGCCUUCGUCAUCGACGGCUCCAGCAGCGUGGGCACGGGCAACUUCCGCACCGUGCUGCAGUUCGUGGCCAACGUCACGCGGGAGUUCGAGAUCUCCGACACGGACACGCGCGUCGGCGCCGUGCAGUACACCUACGAGCAGCGGCUGGAGUUCGGCUUCGGCCAGCACAACAACAAGGCGGAUCUGCUGAACGCCAUCAAGCGCGUCAACUACUGGAGCGGCGGCACCAGCACGGGCGCCGCCAUCACCUACGCCGCCGACCAGCUCUUCAGCAAGUCCAAGCCCAACAAGCGCAAGAUCAUGAUCGUCAUCACCGACGGGCGGAGCUACGACGACGUCAGGGCGCCGGCGCUGGCCGUCCACCGAACAGGUGUUAUUGCCUACUCCAUCGGCAUCGCCUGGGCCGCCCAGGAAGAGCUGGAGUACAUCGCCACCGACCCCGACAAAGAGCACUCCUUCUUCGUGGACGAGUUCGACAGCUUGUACAAGUUUGUGCCCAAGAUCAUCAACAACAUCUGCCAGGAAUUCAACUCGCAGCCACGGAACUGAAGCAUGGCGGGACGGGGGAUCGGGGGGGGGGGGAAGGGGGGAGACCGCCCUUACCAGGUUAAAGUUCCUAUUGACCAAUCAGAUUAGGGGAAGGGUGGCUAGGGGGUGGGACAAAUUGGGAAGGACACAUGGAAUAGGUAGGGAAGGGGGGGGGGGGGCAACGUCAAUGUCUAUUUGUUAGUUGUACGGUGAGAUCCGUUUGGGGGUGGUCUUAAAAGCAGACGGGUUGUAAACGUUAAGCGUUCUUUGGCCCAGAUUGCGGUCAUAGAUUGACUGCAGGGUAAAACUAUUUGAUUGUGGCAGGUGGGUCAGUGUUCAGGAAUAAGGUGAGGGAUGGGGGGGGGUUGGAAAAACAAAUAAUGAUCUCAAGUUAAAAGGCAUUAUCUGGCCAGACACUGGGGACCACAAGGCCAGUGGAAACGUUGUGUGUGGAUGACAGUCAGUGACGCGAAGGUAACAGGAUGUAUUCUCCAUUUCUAUUGGUGCAAUGUAAAGUAAUACUACCCUGUGUGGCCUACGGAGAGAAUUUAGCGUUCAAAGGAGCGCCUGGCAAUUCCUCCUAUGGCUUACCCUGAGCUAGGAUGAGGCAAAGGUGCAUUGUGAACUUCGUAAUAGAAGAGACUUCCCAGUGAGGACAUUGUUGAAGUUACUCAAACAAAAAGAAGACAAUGGUGCAUAAUAUUAUUGCAUGCUCGUGUUGGUAUUAUCCAUUCGAUCGUAGAUCUCGCAUUCACAUUCCAUCACCAAUACAUCGACACCUUGAUGUAAAAUAGGCCAUUACAUGUUUGCAAUUGGACAAUACAACAGUAAGAAUCCGACUGACGAGGAAUAUGGUGCCGGCAAGAUCGUAGCCCUUGUAAACAGCAAUGAUAUAAACCUGGACAUGCAGUUCUCCUGAGUGAAAUCCAUUUCAUAUUUUUUGUAAUAGUUUGCCCGGGUUACUUUUUAACCCGGCAGUUAUUUGUUGGAUGUGUUGAAUGAGAGUAUUUAUAAUAUCUUACCCCUUCUUAUGGCCUCUUUGUACAUAUGCAUAUUAAAAAAGGUAUUUUGCUUAUAAUGUUCAGAUAUAUAAUUAAUCCUUAUUUUAAAUUCUGUUUAUAAUAAAAUUGUAAAAAAAAUAUA